GCGUUGUGCGUCCAGAACAUUCACCGAAGGGGUUUAAACUGCGCAAAUUUCUCAUUAAAAUGCCAAAGGUCAUAACAGUGUUUGGAGCCACUGGCGGACAGGGUGGUGGAGUUGUCUCAGCUCUCCUUAAAGCCAUCAACAGCGAGAGAAAAGGUUAUGCUGUUCGUGCAAUUACGAGAAACCCAGAUGGAGCUAAGGGGCAAGAACUGAAGAGCAAGGGAUGCGAAGUUGUCAAGUGUGAUUUAGAUGAUAAAGAAUCUGUGGAACAAGCAAUCCGAGACUCGUAUGGAGUUUUCUUGGUCACAAACUACUGGGAGCAUUUCAGCAAGGAGAAAGAAAUCGAACAGGGCAAACGAGUGAUUGACGUGUGCGAGGCACUGGGAGUGAAGCAUUUGAUUUACAGUGGGUUGGAACAUGUAAAAAAGUUGAUUGGAAUCGAAUGUGGUAAGUUUUUAUUUCUCGAUAAUUCCCCAGUAAUAAUUUUUGUGACCUGAUUACGUAAUUGCAAUUAAGUGGAACACGAACACUGGUGCGAUGACUUUCCACGUUUCACAUUGGCUGAUCGUAUCAGACCAAGAUUUAACUGAAGUCACAGAAGGAAACACUAAAAACUAAAGGGAAAGGUCAUAUUCGGUCAGCAACUUUUCAAGUCAAUCCAAUGGUUUUGGACCAACGAAUUUAGUUGCAAACGACUGGACCUAUAUUGACCCAAUCAUCUAAAAACCAUGACUCAUCAUUUAAAUUAAUAUCAAUGAACAGAGCACACGAGAACGUUAAAAUUUUAAAAGUCCAGGGUGCUGUCUUCCUUAAUAAAUCUUUACAAUAAGACGAGUUCUCGAGUUAUUUUUAUUUGAACUUUGCAUGCGCACCGAAAAUCUACGAAACUUUUAAUAUGCCAUAACAAGAGCUUGCCCAUGAUUAUUGAUGCAUCUCACGUUUAAAAGAUACUUAUAUUUAUACUGCCCUUUCCGUUUUUUGUAAAGUCGAAUGCAUAAGUUAUGUGUUUGACGCAAUUAACAAAACAAGGAGGGGGCCUUUCCCCCAGCGAGUAGGGGAGGGGGUACUCCGGAUUUCAAGUGACGGGGAUGAUGGAAGGAUUUUUUGCGGUUUGAAAUUUUCGAUUUCGGGAUUCUUUUGGGUAGGAAAAUUUUGGCAAGUAUUUUUUGGGUAACUUGAUGUAAGUAGGGAUUUAUUUGGGUAUUCAAACCAAUCUGAAGAUUCGGGAUGUUUCCCGCGUACCCCGGCUACGUGGUACCUCUGGAAAUUUUUAUGGCUCGGAAAUUCGGCAUGGGAUUUUUUGGGGGUUAAAUUUUGUCAAGGGAUUUUUUGGGUUUUGUUUAAAGCCCAAGGGAUCCCAAUUUCUGAGCGAAAGGAGGGAACAGUAUCAACUUCACAAUGUGUAAUCUCGGCAAACAGGAGAAGUUUUCCCGAUAUUUCAGACGAAACCUGAAGGAGAUUUUGCCUUGUUCCCCAGCUCGACCAAAGGCCUGUUCAAAGGCUAUGAAAAAAACGACGCAAAAGUAAACUUUUUCAAAAAAAGAUAACGCUACUUUGAUAGCCAAGAAAACAGUAAGGCGUGUAUAGUGCUCAGGAGCACCACUGCACUGGUUGUUAAUUUGAACAAUAAACCGUAUAUCCUGAGACUAACAGAAAACACGCUAAUACAGUAAUAAUAUCAUGGGUGACGAAUUACUCCUUAAUUUUGGCGCGAAAUUUCAGCGUUAAUUUAUAACUUCUCUCUUAAAAUAACAAAAUUUCCAUGGCAACCUUCCGUACGUCUUAGUGCCAAGAUGGCGACGAAGUUUUAAAAUUUUAUUGAUGCAGUUGAUGUCAGGGCAUUAAAAGACGCUUUACAAACCUAAACACUCGAAAGAGCACAUCAAGAAGGAUUCUGACAGGUUUUCAGGUCGAAAAAAUUCUGAAAAUUUAAGCGUUAAACAUUAGAGAGCGUGGAGUUCUCGAUCGAUGAGUUAAAACUAGGAUAAACGUGUCAAAAAUCCACGAUUGCGGACGUAAUUCUUCACCCAUGAUACUUGUAAUAGGUAAUCAAAUGGUAUACUCCUGAAAUUCGGGAAUGAUUUCACUUGCGUCAAUUAUUAGGAGUUUGACAAAACGCACGUUAAACAGGGGCACCCAACGAGAAUAUAGUUCAAAACCACUUAAACUAGCCUUGUUAAACGUAUUUUAGUAUUUAAACGGUAGAUAUAGGCAUAUUUUUAUCCCCUCAAAAUUUUUCAUCUGUUCGGAUUUCCUAGCUGAAAGUCUAGUGAUCCGAAAAUUAUAGGGAUCAAACCUUACCUUUUCGAAAAUUUCAGCCAGAAAAAAGGCUCCCGAAAAUUCUAGGUGAACUUUUCACGGUAAAAAUCCGUUAAAAAUGGGCAAUUAUGCCAUUUUUUAGGUGUUCGAAAAUUCUAGGAGAGGCAGGCAAACAAGACAUUUUACAACAAAUGUUCCGAAAAUUCUAGAUCGCAAAUCGUCUUCCGAAGAGAUAUUUUCCGAAAAUUGUCGUUGGGUGCCCCUGGUUAAAUUAUUCCCUAAUUUCACUCGUCACCAUUUGAUUGUACAUGCUAACACGCCUUUUCUUUUUCAGAACAUUUUGACAGCAAGGGUAUAGUAGAAGAAUACCUAAACACGAAGAAACCGGAAGGGAAACUGAAUUUCACUAUAGUUCGCUUCUCUGCUUAUUUCAAUAAUUUUGCCGGUUUUUUUAAGCCUCGAAGGAUGGACAAGAACACAUUUAUCUUUGACAUUCCAAUGGAGGGGGCACCAAUGGAUGGGGUUGAAGUCAAACAGGGAGGUGAAUGUGUAUAUGGUAUGUACUGCAAUUGAACCGGCUCCUAACCGUACUUUACGAAGGUGAUUUCGGUAAAUUUUUGUUUAGAUCAGCUAGAAUUUUAAAUAUUCGGCUUUCGACAUCUCUGGCAAACUAAAAUUCUCGACCAUUUUCUAGAUUUCCUAGAUAUUUCGGAAAUGUUUUGAAGAAUGCGUAGACAGUAUUGAAACCGCAUUAAAGAAGACUAGAAUUUUCGCAAAAAAAAUAUUCGCCCCUGCAUUCAGUUUAAAUCUAGUGAUAAAAUCUUUCCAUUGGGUAAUUUCCACAAUGAAUGUAUAUUUUUGGACGUUUUCUUUUACGUUUUUGUCUUUCUUCUUUGAUUCUGUAGGCAUACUGGAGGAACCUGAUAGCUACCGCUAUAAAACAAUUGGACUGAGCGCCGACAAGUUUACAAUUCAACAGUACUGUGAAGAAUUGACCAAGCAGCUGAGUCCAAUGACGUUCAAGGUUAUUUGACAUAAAUAUGUUAAUAUGAAAGCCAAAUGAAUUCUGCUAAGCAGUCCGCAUUUUUACAAGAGUAUGCGUAUUUUCUCUCUCUUAAAAGAGAAAGAUUAGAUAUAGGACAAUAGACAACUCAAGCAAACCCAUUUGAAAAAGACGCUCGUCAAUCGAAAGUGAGCCUUUUUAAUAUUCCCCUUUAAUAUGUCUUGACGCGACCAAAUUUGUAUUGAUGAGUGUCUUUACUCUUAUAGAAACAAUUUGCCCAAAAAUUACAGCAAAACCACUGCCGGAGAAUGCAAGAAGUCCACUUCUUGUUGACGUGCGUUGCUCAAAAACGUCUUUGCUUGAGCUUCCUAACGUUUCUCCCCUCGGCCUUCUCAAAAGUAAUGACCGAGCGCGUAGUACGAGUUCAUUAUUGUUUUUGGCCCAGGAGAGAAGGCCUUACGCGAUUGAAUGCACCUUUCCACAGAACCAGCAGGUCAUUGCGGUGGCUACAGAAGUGAAUCGGACGUCGCCAUGAAAAUCAAUGACGCCCUUUUAAAUAAUUUAUAUGAGGAGGCCGAGGAAGAAGGGAAAAUUUCUCGCGAGAUUCUCCUUGAAAAUUCGGGUAGGGAAUGGGAUGUGCCGCAUGCGUUCUGUAACCCAAUUUCCAAUCACAACUCUGAUUUUUGUUUUACUGUUUCGGACCUGAAUCACCAGCUACUGCUGUUUCCAAAAGAUAAUCUUAUCCCAGUUCCAGUUCCAGAUGGAACAAAACUUUACCCUAUUUUUUACCAAAAAGGUUGUCAAUAAUUACACCCUUUUGGGCUGCAAAUAUUUAUACAGCUCUUGUAAGGAAUUACCUUCCCGGAUAUCGAGCAGCCUUUCAUUUUCUGAAAUCACGUAUGAAAAGACGUCGUAAUCUUUUCAAAGUGGCAAUGUGGCGCUUAACCUAAAGUCACAAGCCUGACCAACAUCAAUUUUCUGCUAAUAAUAUCAAUUCAUAAUCAAAAAAAGCCAAUGUUAUGAGAAUGAUUAGCAAAAUCACCAUAGGGAAAACGCUUUGAUCCUUAAUGAAAUUCCCUUAAAUGAUUGUGUGAGGAAACGUAUAUGUGAAGAAUUUGUCUGUGGAUAUUGUGGCUUUGAGGCUUAACUAGGCAACAAAUAUGUCCACCGUGUCUGGUGCCCCUAUGGUAGCAAAAGCUCUGAAAAUACUUUUUCCUUGACUUAUCUUAAGCCAAUACGUAAAACUCUUCUUGUUUCAUUCCUAAAGGAUUCUCAGAUCACUUUGGAUCAAUACAGGGCUCUAGGAUUCCCCGGUGCAGUAGAACUUGGAAAUAUGUUCGAGUUUUACAAGCGUGGAAACCCAGACCGCGAUAUUCCCCUGACGAAGAAGUUGAAUCCAGGACUUCAAGAGUUUAAGGAGUGGGUGCAAGAGAACAAAGAAAUGCUUUCCGAAAGCUUCGAUUCCAUAGAAAUACAGUCUAAGUGAGUGGCCAAACAGGAAGUGUCGACAAUGUCUUUUGUCUGUCAUAGACACAAAACAGUACCUUUACGUAUGUUGUCAUCCUAUACC